AUGAAUCGAACAGACAUUAAUAUUAUCAAAUAUACUACGCCAACAACAAUAAAUAACAAUGAAAAUAUGUGGAAUAAUAUUAAAUCAUUUUUUAAUCCACAAAAUUCCAUGAUUAUAUUAGCUAUUAUUUGUUUAAUGUUUUUCUUUGUUACAUUAUGUCUUAUAUUUAUUAUAAUUCAAUUAUUAAAAAAGAAACGUCUAUAUAAAAAUCAAACAAAACCAAUAACAAAUAAUUUACCUAAUAAUUAUCAAAAAUUAGAUCAUCAUAUAAAUUUUCUGUCAUCUCCAAAUCAAACAGGUUUAACAUCAAAUCAAAUAGCAUCAUUAGGAACAAUUCUAUCAACAAAUAAAGAUCUUAAAAUUCAAGAAUCAUUACCAACAACAGCAACAACAACAACAACAAUUAUACCUAUAUCAGCGCAUGAAAGUAAUAAAACACAAUCAUUUGAUAAUUUUGAAAAUGAACUUAAACGAACAUGUCAAGAAAAAGGUAUAACAUCAUCACAUACAACUAAUAUAUCAUCAGUUAAUGAUGACGAUGUUGAAACUGUUAAUGAAGUUCUUGGAAUGGAAGAACGUAAUGGAAAAGUUUAUUAUAAAGUUAAUUUUACUGGUCAUCCAUCAGAUUAUACUGCAUGGGUAUGUGAAGAAGAUUUAAUUCCUGAAUAA